AGAAAUGCGUCACAGUUCAAAACAAUACUUCAAGUUCCGCCUGUCUGGCGCCUGUCCACUUGAAGAUGUCUCUUAAUAAUCCCGACAAAGACGACCAAACGUCAGCUAACAAGAAAAACAUCUCACUCCCAAUUUCCAGAGUGAGGUUGAUAAUGAAGAGCUCCCCCGAUGUCUCCAGCAUCAACCAGGACGCUCUGUUUCUCACCACCAAGGCUACAGAGCUGUUUGUCCAGCACCUGGCUCUGUCCUCGUUCAACAACGGUUCCGGGAAAGAAACCAACAGUUUGUCAUACAGCGACCUGGCUCGGACCGCAGAGGAGACGGAGACUUUCCAGUUUCUUACAGAUAUCCUGCCUAAGAAGAUCUUGGCUCGAGAUUACCUCAAGUCUUUGGAGCAAAUGCAAGAAGAGGAAGCUGACUUUUGAAAACGGACACUGAGUGUAUUUCACACCUGGACAGAUGUUCAUGUGCUUGACAUUCAUUGAGAGCGAAAUGCAUGGCAGAAGAGACAUCCUGAACUUUUUCGGUGCUUUUAAAUAUGUUCAGAGGUCAGCUGUGGUGUGGACAUGGAAGUGAAAGUAAAGCCACAUAUGGCAACUGUGAAAUCCAUUGAAGACUCAAACACAGCAACACACAGAGUCUUAAAGGAAUUUAGAAGUUGUACCUUAUGUCUAAGAUAAUACUUGAUGCCAGAAAUAAGAAUUUGUACAAACAAGACAGCCUUAGAUAAAUCAUUAUGAAAUCACUCAUGUUUUCUGCAGAAUUCGUCACCUCUACAGAGAUUUUUCUGUAGGCUGCAGUACUGUUGUAGCUAACAAAUGAUACGCUUGAGUAGUAGAUGUAAGAACUAUUUUGCAUUUGGCCUGUAUUUUUAGAGGAUCUUUGAAGGUUAUCCAGUAGCAGUCUCUUCUAAACUUCUUGCUUGUUCUCUAUGCACAAUUAUCUGGAGGAGGGAAUUUGUUUUGUCCUUAACAGCUUGCAGGCCUGUAUGAGCUCACGUCAUGUAAUAGACCAAGACACAAUGGCAGCCCAUUCCACACAGCUGGUGCGCAUAUUUCUCAGCUCCUGAAUUAUUUUCGCCUUUAUAAUAUGGCUGUUUGAACACUUAAUUAUAGGCACUGAUAGCCAAUGGUUUCAAAGUGAAAUAUGCUGAUGUUACUGAAGUUAAAAAUGAUGUUUUUCUUUUAAGCUAUUGUCAUGUUUGAGUUUGAAAUAGUUUAUACUUGAAAGUUGUUUUAACUAACCAAACCUACAAAUACCUCUUUUGUCCCCCCCUCCAGAUUGACUACAAAGCAACUGAAAGUGCUGUGUCUUUCCAAAUCAUAAUUCACACUCAGCCUAACAGAUAUGACUUUUUGAAAUGUAUAUAACAGCUGAUCACCUUAUAAGGCAUCUUUCUUGUAAACUUCAAAUUUGCUUAGAUUUGAUACUAAAAUAAAAAGUAAUUCUGACUGAUA